CUUGUGUGUUACCGCCGCCCAGCGGAAGCCUCGGGAGGGGCGCCCCGGGUCUGGGGGGGGGUGCCCAGAGGCGGGGCGGGGUUACAGCGGUCACUGCGGUGGCGGCCACCCUCAGCGGGCGGGCUGUCCCCUCCUCAGGGCCUGGGCUGGGCCUGGGGUCCCGCUGCUCGGUGCUGGCGGCGGGGCCUGCGCCCCGGCCGAGGCGGCGGCAGGGUUGAGCUCUGUGGCGCCGGCGGGUGUGUGCCCGCUGCGGUGGGAGGCCCUGCGGCUCCUGCCAGGUGCCGUGCCCCUGAGAUCGGCGGCUUGGAAACCCGCCGCCGCACCGGGGGCGCCGGCAGCCGGCAGCGUUGGGGCGGGAGCCGCCUGGAGCCGGCGCUCGGUGCCAUGGCAGAGGCUGCGGGGAGCCCGCUGCCCGCCCCCGCUGUGAGGAGGAAAAAAAGCAUAUCUAUCGAGGAAAAAAUCGACAUCAUAAGUGCUGUGGAGAGCGGCGAGAAAAAGGCAGACAUCGCAGCCAAGUAUGGCAUCAAGAAGAAUUCCUUGUCUUCAAUUAUGAAGAAUAAAGAAAAAGUUUUGGAAGCUUUUGAAUCCCUACGAUUUGAUCCUAAAAGAAAAAGGCUGAGGACUGCUUUUUAUACCGACCUGGAGGAGGCGUUGAUGAAGUGGUACAGAAUUGCUCAGUGCUUGAAUGUGCCGGUAAACGGUCCGAUGUUGCGCCUCAAGGCUAACGAUUUUGCCCAGAAGCUCGGACACAGUGAUUUUAAAUGCAGCAAUGGCUGGCUCGACCGUUUCAAGUCGAGGUACGGUUUAGUGUUCAGAGGUCAGCCCGUAGAAGCGGCUGCUACUACUGCAGUGGAUGCUCCAACUCCUUGGUACCAAAAUGUUCUUCCUGGUUAUUUAAAUGAUUUUCAGCCAAAAAACGUGUUUUAUAUACAGGAGACUGGAUUGUUGUAUCAGAUGUUACCACAUAACACGUUUGCAUUUAAAGGGGAAACUUGUUCUGUAGGUAAACUAAGUGAAGAGAGAAUAACCGUAGCGGUGGGUACAAAUAUGGAUGGCUCUGAGAAACUUCCUUUGCUUGUUAUAGGAAAAAACAAAUGUCCACAGCCUUUCAAAGAUGUGAAGGCGUUACCUGUGGAUUAUGAAGCAAAUGAUAAGGCAUGGAUGACUUCAGAACUGUUUGAACAGUGGAUGCAUAAACUUGAUCACAGAUUUCAAGCACAGCAGAGACAAGUAGUUAUUCUGGUUGAUUCUCUCCCAGCUCACACAGAAGUAAAGAACCUGAAGUCUGUCAAAUUAGUGUUCUCUCCUCCAGACUCAUCUUCAUGUGUAACUACAAAACGAGGGGUUAUCAGAAGUCUGAAGGUUAAAUACAGGCAUUGUCUUAUCAAGAGAUUUGUUGACUGUGUAGAAGGAAAUAAAGAGUUUAUGCUGUCUCUUCUUGAUGCAAUAGAGAUGUUGUACCUGUGCUGGAAGGAAGUAACACCAGAGACUAUAGUAAAAAGUUACUCUGAAGCAGGAUUCAAAUUAGAAACCAAGGCAAAUGGUAAUGACACAGAGGUUAAAAGCCAUUUUGAUUUGAUUGCACAUGCACAGGCGGCUGGAGUGGAGUUUCCAGAAGGUUUAUCUUUGGAGGACUAUGCGGCUCUAGAUGACGGCUUGUUAACUUAUGAAAUGCCCACAAAUAAUGAAAGGAUGUGUGCCAAAGAGAGCGCAUCAGAUGAAGCUGGGACAUUUGCUGGUGAUGAAGAUGAGGAUGAAGGUGAUCGAUGUCAGGGAGCUGAACAGCCUUUACCAUCAAAAAAUGAAGCUUUGAGUGCUUUAGAUACCCUUCGAAAGUUUCUCAGAAGUCAAGACACAGAUGAUUCUCUUCACGAUUCCCUAGCUGACCUGGAGAAUUUUAUUCAACAUGUAGCAUAUAAAUAAAUACUUUAGCAAAUUGUGAAAGUAUGUAAUUGAAAAAAACAGGAAUUAUAUAAGUAAACAGAAAUAGGCGGUUUAAUAACAAGUAUUGCUGCAAUAUUCUCUAGUGUGUCUUGCUCAGGUGCUUAAUGAAAGAAAUUGGAAAUUGUGAAAAAGGCUAUGGACUGAAGUUUCCACAAAAUCACAAGGAAAGAACAUGAAAUUUGGGUUGGAGAGUGGAAAUGAGCUGAAACUUUAAAAUUAUAACUGUAGUAAGUACAGUGGAGGGAAAAGCCAUGCUUCAAGCAGUUUGGUGCACUCUGGAUGAACUAGUGCCCACUUUGAAUCCUUUCUUCAGGAAGAGAUUAGCACUUCUUCACAUUGAUAAUUUCACUGGUGUAUUAGGUGUUGUUGACAGUGGAACAGUAAGUAUUAGCUUGGUGCUUUUGAUACUUAAAAAAUUGAAUAACACAGAAAAUACAUGCUUAACUUCUGAGAGCUAAGGGUUUUUUUAAAAUAAGGGGGGGUUGUCCUGGUUCAAGAAUUCUGGCCAUAGUUUAUUCUUGCAGCAGAAAGUUAGCAGAUUUGGAUGCGUUUUGUUUUCUUUAAGCUGCUCCUGUGUGAAUAUACACAAAUGGCAUAAUCAUUUAUCUGAGAGUCAAAAGACAAACAAACCUUUACAUAGCCUUUGAAGAGGUCAAAAAGGAAGGUCAUUCUCUCCCUUUCAGCCUUUUUGGUAUUUGGAUUUCAGGUAGGCCCUUCUGUGCAACUCCAUGUAGUGCUACGGUAAAUACAGGAAAAAAUCAGCCUGUGUAGUAUCUGCACUCAAAACCUUACUGACUCUUAUAAUUUACUACAGUUGUAGGCUUUGUUGUAGGAUUCAACACACCAACGUGGUUUAUUAUUAUAAGUACCCUUAACAAGGAUGCUGUUUGCAUGAAUGCAGUGUGAAGUUGAGCAAAUCACAGUACAUUUACAUGUCUUCAAGUAUGCAUUUCAAGUAAUGGUAAUCAUACCAGAGCCAAAAAUCUCCAUUUAUAUGAGACAUAGUGCUUGUGACUUUUUUUCAAAACCUGUUUUAAAUAUUUUCCGUAUCUAUCAAUUUAUUUUUUUUCAGAAGUUAGAGAUAAUAAUUUUUCUAAAUUAGAGGAAGAAGAAAAUAUUUUAUGGAAGGCCUUUAGGAAAUCUAUGUAAUAAAGAAUCUAUUAUGGUGCUUAUAAUUAAACCAUGAGAAACAAUCUCUUGCUUGUUUGAAUCUUCAGUUCAAUAAAUAGUUUGGCUAAAGCUUUACUUUUCUUACUGUUUUCUUGCUGUUCUUGCUAGUGGAAGACAGUUUAUCCAUUUAUAAAAGCAUUUCAGAAAAUAUAUGAAAAUGUUGGAAGACAGUGAAAAUAUUGGAGGGGGUUAGAAAAUUCCUAUGGCAUACAUAAACUUUAUGAAUAUUUUACUAGAACCUCUAAAAAAAAAAAAAUUCUUGUUAUGAAGUAUCUGAUGUGAAUUCCAUCCAAAGGAUAUUCUGAUUAAAUAAGAUAUUUCUGUUGAAAUUCCAGUACAUGAAGUCACACACAGAGAUACAUUGAUUCUGUGAAAGAAGUACCCCUCUGCAUUAUCUCUUUUAACUAUUAUUAUGUUAAAAUCCAAAUCCAAAGUCUUUUAAAUUCUGAAGCUGUGUCAAAUAAAUCAACACAUUUUGCUUGUUUAAAUACUUUGGAACAAGCUUAUGAAAAGUACUUUUUAUUUUGGCUAAACUUGUUUGAAGUUCAUAUAAAUCCCACAGAGCCCUAUGGAUAAUUUUCCUGUAGUAAUUUUUUGAUUUAAAAUGUAUGGUUUUCUUUGCAACAGCUUCUCCUGCUAAAGGCAAGUUGAGGGAAAAGUUUCUAUUAGCCAUACAGUAAGUGUGCAUACUUUUUAAGAUUUGACUCCAUGUGGACCUCAUUAGCCUGGGAUCCAGGCGAGGAAACUCUCUGUUUCCUUCUAAGAGAACUUUGAGUGUGAAAGUGUUGGACCCGAGUGAGAAAGACCUGCAUAAGUAAGCAGCAAAUCUUGGUUAAACAAGGGUUCAAUCUACAAGAAGUGUAAUCUUUGCAAGAUGAAGCUCAGAUAAUCAGGAAACGGGAAAUAAUGUUAGCUGGUAACAAGGGAAGUGUAUUACUGAGGGCUGUGAGAUUUCCUCAUGAGAACAACAGGAAGGAUUUACUAAUUUGGCCUGGACUUUGAGGGUGAGUUGUGGAACUUGCUUUAAAAAACAUACAAUCCAUCGAAAUCAUGUAUCUUUAGAGAAUAUAUGACUUUUUCCUAGAUUACUAGUUCAUUCUGGGAAAUCAAGCUAAAAUGCGCUCACUGAAACUGUUGGGUUUUUUUAGGUCAGACACUUCAUAUUCUAAUGCUAUAGCUUUCAAAACCGUUUGGGAGCCCAAAUAGUUCUUUUCACUUGGAUUUUGGUCACGUUUGUAGUCAGAGAAUGUGAAAUCCAUUUUGAAGCUUGUUGCUGUUUCAGGUGUUUGUUGACAGGGAAGUGCAGACUCCUCAGAUCCGAAAUGCUAGCAGUGAAAAAGGAAGUGGUAUGCUAUGUAAAUGUUACUUUGUGUACACAGUUUGAGCUAGAGAUUUUUUUUACAUUAUCUAGGUAAAGCACCAGGACACUGGUUUUUCGCGUCUGGGGCGGUAUCUUGGAGGGAGAGAGAGCAUAUUGCUUUAGACAGCACCAUAUUUAAAAAGAAGAACCUUCUCUACAAAAGGCAGGUUACUAAGGCUGUCAUUUGCUUAAUACUUCAGGUAUUCGUUUGGACAACUGUGUGCUCUUUCCUAUAUGCUCUUCUACUUUACGCUAUGGUUAGAUAAUAAUUCCGUGUUUUGGCAUAGUCAGUGAGGUCACUUUCAGUAACCCAAAGUGACUUCUAGAAGUGUGAACUGAAAAUACAAAGUUUUAAAAAUAUAACUUGACUUCCAAAAAAGGCCAAAAUAGAAAAAAAUAUUUGGAAAGUAUGUUUCGUAUAAUCAAAAGCAUCCUCAGAGUCAUUCUUGAGACAAGUAACCUGUAAAAUCAAAUAUGCUUUUCAAAGUACAU